CCAAAAUGUAUUCUGAUUGGUCAUAGCAUGGGUGGAAAGGUUGCUAUGGAAAUGGCAAUGAGCAUGCCCAGUAUGGUUGAGAAAUUGGUAGUGGUAGAUAUAACACCACAACGAUCAUCAAAUAAUCUUACAAGUAUUAGCAUGGUGCCGUUAGUGUUAAGAACCAUGUUGGAACUAGAUUUGAUGCAAGUAACAAGUAGAAAAUGGCAGAUGACAUGCUUAAAAAAUCCAUUCCAUCAUUUCCUCUAAGAGCAUGGGUCUUGACAAAUUUAUAUAAAGAUGAAAAUGGGUAUUUCCAAUGGUAUCCAAAUAUUCACUCCAUCCACAAUAAUCAUGACAGUCUUCUUGGUUGCAUUAACAUAAAUGGCAGAAAACCGUACAUUGGUGAAACAUUGUUUGUUGGUGGAGAAAACUCUGAUAUUUUAAGGAAUACUGACGUGAAAGAUCUGAAACAUUUCUUUCCAAAUGUUGAUAUUAAAAUGAUACCUGGGGCAGGACAUUUUGUACAUGCAGACAAACCCAAAGAAUUUCUGGAAACUGUUUUGAAGUUUACAAAAUAGUUGAUUUUUUUUAUUUUGAAUAAUGCUUGUCAAUAACAUUUGUUGAGGGGAUAUAUAAUAAUUUUUUGAUAAUAUUUGGUAAUAUUGUGCACAUGACUACAUCAUCAAUGGAAAUUUCAAUCUAUUGAUUUUCAAUGUUCUUGAAGUAAUAGUAUUGUACUGGAUAUAUGAAUAUGUAUAUAUUUAUAUUUACAUAUCCUUUUGCACAAUAUGAACAAUAUUCUUAGCUCAACAACAUAAAAUUUGUAUAAAUUUAGCACCGUGAUUUCUUCUUCUUAUGUUUGUCUUUUUUUGAUGGUUUUAUUAUAUCGUUUUGAUCUGGUG